GGCAACAUCGACAAUAGCAGUCAAACGAACGAGCUAGAAAUAUUCAUCAGCAGUCAGCUCAGAGCAACAGCAACUGCCUUCUGCUGGCUCCAAAACUCAAAACCGUAAUGCCAAUCAUAUCACAACUCACGCGGCUCAUCGGACAUGCCGCACAGAAGCAUCGAAAACUUGCUAGCUUUUUGACUACGAAAACAAACAUACUCAGCAGCAGCAGCAGCAGCUCGCCAACAGCUCAGGCAGCCAAAUGCUACAGAAACCUUUGCCAAAAGUGCGCACAGCCAACCCCAGCCGCAGCACCAGUGGUCAGCAGCAGCAGCAGCAACCAGACAGACUCCAUCAAGACCUCUGACUUGUUUGGGGAUGCCACCAACAUGGGGCUGUUCGUCAGGUUCAGGCACAUGUACAAACAGUAUUGGUAUGUCCUCAUCCCUGUGCAUUGUGUGACAUCGAUGUGCUGGUUUGGCGGCUUCUACUAUCUCUCCAAAAUCGGCGUGGAUGUGCCCGCGCUGCUGCAAUACGCGCAUCUGAGCGAGUCAAUUAUCGAGAAGGUGCAGUCCUCCGACAUGGGCCACUUUGCCAUCGCCUUUCUGUGUUUUAAGGUGGUGACGCCACUGCGUUACUCAGUCACAUUGGGCGGCACGACGUUGUCGAUCAAGUUUUUGGUGAAACGUGGCUACAUCAAGCCGAUUCCGAGCAAGAAGCAACUGAUGAAGAUGUACGAGAAGAAGAAGGCAACGCGCCGCGCCAAGGCGGACAAGGAUGAGAAGGAUGGGAGCAAGUGAUCGGUCUGCCCUCUGACUGAACAACACCCGAAGCUCCGCUGUUAGCUCGCUGUUUGGUUCACUGUUAGUUCUCUGUUAGUUCUCUGUUAUGUAAUAAAAUCGGUUUGAGGUCGCCCAAGCAAAAGGCACGCACAGACACACACCCACAAACACAGACAGGGGC